ACGGGAUGCGGGGAGUCCGCGCCCGCUUCAGCGGCUCGGUUAGCUACCGGCACCCCAGAGCGAGGCAGCCCGGCCCGGCGGGUGCUGUUCUGGUGCUGGUUCCGGGGCUCUCUCCGGUCGUUAGCAGCGGGCGUGGUGCUGUCUGUAACUGUGCGAGUGACUUUCCUUUUGUUAUGUUAGUGACACGGAUGGUGGUCAGCCCCUCAUCUGCGCCCUGUCGUUUGUGAAAAACCUGGACUUCCAACAUGAACAAAGAUGCCCAGAUGAGAGCAACCAUUAACCAAAAGCUAAUAGAAACAGGAGAGCGAGAACGCCUUAAAGAGUUGCUUAGAGCCAAAUUAAUCGAAUGCGGCUGGAAGGAUCAGCUGAAGGCACACUGCAAAGAUGUUAUUAAAGAAAAAGGAUUAGAGCAUGUUACUGUUGACGAUUUGGUGGCAGAAAUCACUCCCAAAGGCAGAGCCUUGGUACCAGACAGCGUAAAGAAAGAACUCUUGCAAAGAAUAAGAACCUUCCUUGCCCAGCAUGCCAGUCUUUAACUUUGAUAUUCGCCUAGGAUAGUGUUUCUGUAUUAUGUCAGUCAUGUCAGGAUGGGAAUGCAGUUUACAUACUUAAGGAUGAUGAGUUGAAGUUCCUUUGCACUGCAUUGAUUUCUUAAACUUGGUGUUAUUUUAAUAAAAAAAAAAAAAAAAAGUGGAUUUGUGGUUCUAAGGCUCUUCUCUGUGUCAGUGCACUGUGAUAUGGCAUCACCUGUUCCUGGUUUUAAUAAGCCAUAAUUUUAUAUGGCUUUGCAGAACUGCUCACAUUUUAAAAAAAAAAAAAAAAAAGCAGCAUAUGAGGUAGAAAUACAGAAGGGAGAAAGAAGUCUGUGAAAAAUGGGAUAUGACAUACUACUGAGCGUAUCCUUUCUAAUUUUCCCUUAGUAAGUAGCUGGAUGGCAUGAAGAAGUUAAGACUACAUGAAAAAGUUGGUGGCAU